AUGGCGGACAUGGAUGGCGGGGAGGCGAAGUUGCCGGAGCUCAAACUCGAUGCGCGGCAAGCUCAAGGGUUCCUCUCCUUCUUUCGCUCGCUUCCACCCGUACCCGUCACCCUUUACAUUGCCCGUCUACGUGUCUACCUUGCGCUCCUCUUCCCUCUCCGCGUACCCCGUCCCCAGGCUCCGCACACGAUCCGCUUCUUCGACCGCCGCGACUACUACACCGUGCACGGUCCCGCCGCGCUCUUCGUCGCGCGCGCCUUCUACAAGACGCUCUCCGCCGUGCGCUACCUCUCCGCGGGCGGAGCAAGCGCGGCGGGAAGCUCAGCGGGCGCCGGCGAUUCCGCCGCGCUCCCCAGCGUGAGCGUCAACCGCAGCAUGUUUGAGUCGAUCCUCCGCCACUUGCUGCUAGAGGAAGGCGGAACCAGCGGAGGCGGAGCGGGGGGAACAGGCGGGGAAGGUAGUGGCGGAGACGGCGGGGGUAACAGCGCCGUUUCCACCGGGUAUUCAACUGUGGAGCUUUACGAGGGCGGCGGUGCGAGCUGGCGGCUCGCGCGGGCCGCCACGCCGGGGCGGCUGACGGCCUUCGAGGACGUGCUGUUCGCGACGCGCGAUAUGGGCGACUCGCCGACGGUAUGCGCCGUGAUCGUCGCCACGAGCGGCGGCGGAGGAGGCGGCGCGAAGGACGGCGAGCGGCGCGUGGGGCUAGCGUUCGUGGAUCUGACGAAGCGCGCGUUGGGAAUGACGGAUUUUCUGGACGACGAGCAGUACACGUGUCUGGAAUCCGCGCUAGUGGCACUGAGCUGUCGGGAGUGCGUUGUUCCGCAGGAAGGGGGCGGGGGGAGCGGAGGGGGAGGCGGAGGCGGGGGAGCGGAGAAGAAGGGGGUCAAGUCGCUCGAGGCGCGGAGAUUAAGAGACGUGAUGUCGCGAUGCAACGUGCUUAUAGUUGAGCGGAAACGGGCGGAAUUUAAACCGCGCGACGUGGAGCAAGACCUGGGGAGGCUCCUUAGGGGGACGAGCAGCGCAGGGGGAAGGGGCGCAGGCGGAGGCGGAAGCGGAGGCGGAGGGGGAGGGGGAGGCGGAGGGAGGAUGACGGGAGCAGCGGGAGGAGGGGGACGAGGGGGAGGAAGCCAGAAAGUUACUGUAGACUCUGAAAUCGCAGGGGCUGCGAUGGCUGCUGUACUCGCUUAUGCUGAUCUGUUAGCAGACGAUAGUAACUACGGUCGCUACACUCUCCUCCCUUAUAGCCUCCACACGCACAUGCGCCUCGACGCGACCGCCCUCCGCGCUCUCAACGUCACCGAAUCCAAAACGGACGGAAAUAGAAACUUUUCCUUAAUGGGACUGAUGAACCGCACGUGCACGGCGGGCAUGGGGAAAAGGUUAUUAAACCGGUGGCUGAAGCAGCCGUUAGUGGAUGAGGAGGAGAUUAAGUUUCGGUUGGAUGUGGUGCAAGCGUUUGUGGAGAGUGGUGGGAUGAGGCAGGAGGUGCGGGGGCAUUUGAGACGCAUGCCGGAUAUAGAAAGGCUGACGAGAAGGUUGGAGAUGAGACGAGCUGGGCUGCAAGACGUGGUUAAGCUGUAUCAGGAGGUGCGGAGGCAUUCGAGACGCAUGCUGGAUAUAGAGAGGCUGACGAGACGGCUCGAGAUGAGACGAGCUGGGCUGCAGGACGUGGUUAAGCUGUACCAGGAGGUGCGGGGGCAUUUGAGACGCACGCCGGAUAUAGAAAGGCUGACGAGAAGGUUGGAGAUGAGACGAGCUGGUCUGCAGGACGUGGUUAAGCUGUACCAGGCCAGCAUUCGCCUUCCAUUCAUCCGGGAGGUGCUUGAAACCCACGGAGGCUCGUUUCGGCCAAUGCUGCACGAGAGGUUCGGUGCGAGCCUGCUCGAGUGGUGCGGGGCGGAACACUUAGCUAAGUACGAGGGGCUGGUGGAAGCAGCAGUGGACUUAGACGCUCUGCAGUCAAACGGAGAGUACUUAAUAGCUCCUGGUUACGACCCAAGUUUAGGAGAGAUUAAGGAGGAGAGGGAGGGGGUUGAAGCAGAAGUGCAGAGAGCGUUGCAGCAAGCAGCAAACGACUUAGGCCUUAUAGUGGAUAAGACGAUUAAAUUAGAUAAGACGGCGCAGGCAGGGUAUUGCUACAGGAUAACAAAGAAAGAGGAGACGAACGUUAGGAAGAAGCUGAAUUCGUCGUAUGUGACUCUCGAGACGAGGAAGGACGGAGUUAAGUUCACUAAUGCGAAGCUUAGGAGGCUGAGCGAGCGCCACGUGGCGCUCACUGAUUCGUACAUGGCGGCUCAGCGGGAGCUGGUGAACAAAGUGGUGGAAGUGGCUCAGACGUUCUUGGAGGCAUUGGAGAUUCAAGCUUUAGGCCUAUCAUUGCCUUCAUUGCAUUUCAUCUUCCCCUCAUGCCAACACGUGUUUGAGGGGCUGACAGCGCUCAUCCCCGAGAUGCCCGAGAUGGACGUGGUUCAAGGCUUUGGCUUUGCACACACACACAUCAUGCACAUCACUCAACCUCCAGCCUAUGCGCUCUGCCCUCCCCACCCCUCAUGCCAACACGUGUUUGAGGGGCUGGAAGCGCUGAUCGCUGAGAUUGACGUGCUUUAG